AUGUAUAAGCGCUGCUGCGACUUCUACAUGCUGCUGGUGACAGAGGGAACAGACUUUGGUCAAGAGUUCUCUGGGACCAUAACUUCCAUAUAUGAUUACGAUGAGGGUGCUCCUUGCAGCACAACCCUGCCUGGAUUUAAUAGUCUGGGCCUGAUGAUCACCUACUUCAUUGUGUUUGUCUUCAGCAUUGUAGGCAACGGCAUAGUUGUCUAUGUGGUUUGCUAUAUGAAGAAAGGUAAAGCCAGCACAAAUAUCUACUUGAUGCACCUGGCGAUGGCCGACCUCCUCUUCUGUCUUACCCUUCCGUUCUGGGCUGUUGAUGUUCAUUCUGGUUGGAUCUUUGGAAACUUCCUGUGCAAACUCCUGUCAGGCUUUCAGGAGGCAUCAGUAUACAGUGGUGUUAUCCUCCUGGCAUGCAUCAGUGUGGAGCGUUACUUUGCCAUAGUGAGAGCUACACAUGUCCUGUCUUCCCACCACCUGCUGGUGAAAGUGGUGUGCAGUGUGGUGUGGCUGGUGGCUGGGUUACUGUCCUUACCUGUGGUAAUUCAGAGGGAGAGCAUACAUGCUGAAGAUCUGGGCCAGAACAUUUGCUAUGAAAACCUCACCGGUGAAAGCAGUGACCACUGGCGUGUUAGCAUAAGUGUUCUGCGCCAUACGAUUGGCUUUUUCCUGCCACUGCUGGUCAUGGCUGUCUGCUAUGGCUGGACUGUGGUGACGCUGUUUCACACACGUAAUCAACAGAAGCAGAAGGCCAUGUGUGUCAUCCUGGCAGUGGUGUUAGCAUAUAUUCUUUGCUGGCUGCCUCAUAAUAUUAUUGUACUGAUUGACACACUCAUACGAGGCGGAUCACUUGAAGUGCAGACGUGUGAAACGCACUACACAGUGGAAGUGAUACUAAAAGUGACCGAGCUGUUGGCCUUCAUGCACUGUGCAGUGAAUCCAGUGCUGUACGCCUUCAUUGGUGAGAAGUUCCGUAACCAACUGCUGCUGGUUCUAUACAAACACGGCCUCAUUAGCAAGAGGCUCCAGAUGGCUUACAGGAAGAGUUUUGUCACCAGUGCAGGGAGCUUCAGAUCUAGAAGCAACUCUGCUACAAUUGCUGAGUCCGAAAUGUUUGUGCUGUAA